UCGAGCCCUCUUCCAGAAGCAAUAAAACAACAUACACUGCUAAAGGUUUACAGACAAAAGUAAGCUUUAAGCAGAAUAAGCACAAAAACUAAACUUAAACCAAAGUAUCCCAAUGGCUAUGCUCAAAAUUGCAAAAAUCCAAGCAAAAUGUCAAUUACGAUUCACUAAUAAUCAACAGCGACAUUUAAAAACGACGAAACUUCACGACGAAGUUAUAUUUCAGACUUGACUUGACGGAAAUAUAAUUAAAGUAAUUAAGGCAACUGAUAAACAGGGAAAAUCAAAACCAAUGUAUGGUAACGCCAAAAAAACGCACCGAGCAAUUUCCCAAUCCAGGGACUCGUAUGGCGACUCCAAGUCGUAAGCACUGUCCACUGCCUAGCUUUGUUGCUUUACCUUCGAGCCUUCUCGUACUGGUGUUUCAAGUACUGCUCUCAACAGCCCUCGCUGCCUCGGCGGACAUUGACGAAAGCGCAACAUUCAACUUCUCAAACCCGAAUUCCACAUUUAAUUUUUCGCUAGUCGAUGACAAUUCCACUACACCAGAAAUUCACAUCAAACAUCCAAAAUAUUCCACACCAGUUGCUAUACUUCUCGCUAUAAUUUUUUUGAUAGUAAUAUUUGGAACUAUAAUCGGGAACAUUUUGGUGUGUGUCGCUGUUUGUUUAGUCCGAAAACUGAGAAGACCCAGUAACUACUUGAUCGUAUCCCUGGCAGUAAGCGAUCUCUGUGUGGCUACGAUCGUAAUGCCUGUAGCUAUGGUGUAUGAUAUAUUGGGGACGUGGCCUUUUGGACCUGUUGUUUGCGACUUUUGGGUCUCUAGUGAUGUCCUGUCCUGCGCUGCCAGUAUCUUGAACCUCUGUAUGAUAUCAGUGGACAGAUAUUAUGCUAUUACAAAACCUUUAGAGUACGGUGUGAAAAGAACUCCAAGACGGAUGCUUUUUUGCGUUUUCAUAGUAUGGAUGGGAGCUGCGUUCAUAUCGCUUCCGCCAGUUCUAAUACUAGGCAAUGUGAAGACUCCUACGUCAUGCUCCGUAUCUCAGAAUCAGGGAUACCAGAUAUAUGCAACAUUUGGUUCUUUCUAUUUGCCAUUGACAGUGAUGAUGGUGGUGUAUUAUAAGAUAUUUAGUGCUGCUAGAAAAAUUGUGAAGGAUGAGAAACGCGCUCAGUCGCAUUUGGAAACACAUUGCUAUCUUGAGAUAAACGUCAAGAAUGGUGGCGCAGCAGAGGCGAAACUCUUGGGAAGUCAGUCGAAUCAACCCCCUGCCAGGGGAUCCACAGCAAGUACUAAUACCACUUGUAGCGUCGAGAAGCCUGAGGGAGGUUUAGGCAGGUGCUUCAGUGGGCAGCGAAAGUCUAACGAGUCUCAAUGUCCAAUCCUGCAAAACAAGACUCCUACUAAGCCUAUUCAUACCAUCAAUCGAUCUACUUCACAGGUGGGACAUACUCCUGACAAUAAUAAACUACAACCAAAGGAGAGACGGAGACAAUCCUCUGAAAGCGGUCACAAGAUAGCAACAAACAGAAUCAGAUCGUCGCUGUCGAAUUUUGCUCAAAAAAGUCACAUCGCGAAAGACUUGCUUCACUCGCACUCGCCGCAUCAAAAGAAGUUACGUUUUCAAUUAGCCAAAGAGAGGAAAGCGUCUACAACUCUCGGGAUCAUCAUGUCAGCGUUUGUGAUCUGCUGGUUACCCUUUUUUGUCCUUGCCUUAGUGAGACCUUUCGUCGCCGAAGACACUAUACCUGACGCUGUCAGCGCGCUGUUCUUAUGGCUAGGCUACGUCAAUAGUCUACUGAACCCCAUAAUUUAUGCAACAUUGAAUAGAGAUUUUAGAAAGCCUUUCCAAGAAAUACUUUUCUUUAGAUGUUCAAAUUUGAAUCACAUGAUGCGGGAAGAGUUUUAUCACAGCCAAUAUGGUGAUCCCGAUCAGCAUUAUUGUGUUAAUCAGACCAAUAAAACGCAGCAUUAUGACGAAGGAGUCGAAAUUGUUUCGGCGGUCGAAAGGGACGAGACGCGGGCCUCCGAGAGUUUUCUAUGAUUGUCAAUGCCUGAGGUCGCGUCUAUAGACCUAGAUACUGUGAUCUAAUUAAGACUUUUUUAAGAUAAUAAACCAAGGUCUAACAGUGUUUAUUUUUAAAAUACUAUUCUUUAUUUUAAGCAACUAUUGUUAUCCAACCUAGUCGUCAUUUGUUUUGUAAUUUUUGUUUAAAAGCUGACGUAGCGUUUCUUUAAUUGCAUAAAUACUUAAAAAGUAUUAAA